AUUUCUAUUCCUCGCCAUUUGUUCUGUCUCCCUGUGUCUGUCUCUGGCUCUAACGUCUUCCUAAAACCCUUAGCCAAUGGAUCCAAAGCUCUUCUCGAAAACCCUAAUCCGUAGUGCGAUUACAACAAGAUCGUACUACACGAGUAGGAGUCUCAAGCCGACCCUGUACUCGAGAAUCAGUCCCCUUGGAAGCCCUGGCUUAAGCGUGGUACCGGAGCUCGACGAUUGGGUCCAGAAGGGAAAUAAGGUCCGAAUCGCGGAGCUUCAUCGCAUCAUUCGCGAUCUUCGCAAGCGCAAGAGGUUCUCUCAGGCCCUUGAGGUUUCUGAGUGGAUGAACGAAAAGGCUAUAUGUAUAUUUUCUCCGGUUGAACAUGCGGUGCAGUUGGAUCUCAUAGGCAGGGUUCGUGGAUUUCUUUCUGCAGAAAGUUAUUUCAGUAACUUGAAGGAUCAACAUAAGACUGAUAAGACGUACGGUGCUCUGCUGAAUUGCUAUGUCCGUCAGCGCCAAACUGAGAAGUCCCUCUCUCAUUUGCAGAAAAUGAAGGAGAUGGGUUUUGUUUCGUCCCCUCUCACUUACAAUGACCUUAUGUGUCUUUACACAAAUGUUGGGCAGCACGAGAAGAUUCCUGAUGUGCUAACUGAGAUGAAGAAGAACGGUGUUUCCCCUGACAACUUCAGCUACAGAAUAUGCAUCAAUUCUUACGGUGUGAGAUCUGAUCUUGAGGGAAUGGAAAAUAUUUUAAAAGAGAUGGAGCGCCAACCUUAUAUUGUCAUGGAUUGGAAUACAUACGCUGUUGCUGCUAAUUUCUACAUAAAAGCUGACCUGACGGAUAAGGCAAUUGAUGCCCUGAAGAAAUCAGAACAGAAGCUGGAUGAGAAAGAUGGGCUUGGCUUCAACCAGCUAAUUUCACUUUAUGCCAAACUAGGGAAGAAGGAUGAGGUCUUAAGAUUAUGGGGUCUGGAGAAAACUGCUUGUAAGAGAUGCAUAAACAGGGAUUUUAUCACUAUGCUGGAGUCUCUUGUGAGGCUUGGUGAGCUUGAAGAAGCUGAGAAAGUAAUAAGGGAGUGGGAAUCAUCUGGGAACUGUUACGAUUUUCGAAUCCCAAAUACGGUCAUUGUUGGGUGUUCUGAAAAGGGUUUACUUGAGAAAGCAAAAGCCAUGCUCGAAGACUUGAGGGAGAAAGGAGAGGCUACUACUCCUAACAGUUGGAGCCUGGUGGCAGCUGGAUACCUGGGUAAGGGUGAGAUGGAGAAAGCCAUGGAAUGCUUGAAAGCAGCUUUCUCUUUACACGCGGAGAAUAAAGGAUGGAAGCCCAACCCAAAGGUAAUUUCAGGGAUACUGUCUUGGCUUGGUGAGAAAGGCAGUGUCGGAGAUGUAGAAGCUUUUGUGAGCUCGCUUCAGACCAUAGUCCCAGUGAAUAGGCAUAUGUAUCAUGCUCUCAUCAAGGCACAUGUUAGAGAUGGUAAAGAAGUAGACGAACUGUUGCAACGCAUGAAAAUUGAUAAGAUAGAUGAAGACGAAGAAACGAAGAGAAUUCUUGGCACGAGGCAGACCUAAAUUUUAAACUGCUUCUGUUGGAACAUAAUGGCUGAUUUUCUUUUGAAGGCCGUUUAUUUGCUCAAUUUGAGGUCAUAGUGUUGAAAAAGCGUUAAAUUACCUAAUUCUAGCACUGCUUUGCUUCUC